GCGAAGAGGCGUCGUUUGAAUUUCAGUUGGAUGCUGUUGUUGUCGGCUCGGCGUCAGUCGGACUUUUAAAGUUGUGUUUCCAGUGUUUCAGGAAUUAUAUUCAGCUCCACAGGCAGAUCUCGGCUGCAGUCUUUUUCUUCUUGUGUUCCUGACCUGUGUGUUGGAGGCGAUGCGGCAUGAUGAUUCAGCCAGCCGGAGGAAGGGCAAAACCCCUAAACGUCGGCCCCCGCAGCCGGCCCCGAGUUCAAAGACCCGGUCCCCGAGGCGGAGCGGAGUUUCAAAGAGGCCUGCUGGGACUCCCAAGAAGAGAAGGUUUCGUCCAGGAACUAAAGCCUUAAUGGAGAUCCGUAAAUACCAGAAGAGCACCGACCUCCUGCUCAGGAAGGGACCUUUCUCCCGCCUGGUUCGCGAGGUGUGUCAGAAUUUUUCCAGGGAAGCUCUCAGGUGGCAGGUGUAUGCUCUUCUGGCCCUGCAGGAGGCGGCCGAGGCGUUUCUCGUCAUGUUGUUCUCCGACGCCAACCUGUGCGCCAUCCACGCCAAGCGGGUCACCCUGUUCCCCCGCGACGUCCAGCUGGCCAGAAGGAUCCGAGGAGCGGAGAACCUAUAAAAACCACAGACAAGGACAAGAAGGACUUUUUUUUUUUUUUACAACUUUAGUCUGUUAUGAUGCUUCGAUACUGUGGGACUCUACAUCCGUGUUUGGCUGCAGACAUCAAACUGGAACUUCAAGAUGAUGAAAUUCAUUGUUUCAUAUCUAAAUUAAAGCGAGAUGAAUCUGAAAAAAAUGUACAUUUUGCCAAGCAUGGACUUAAAUUAUGUAGGAACUUGAAUAUGUAAAAUGUUUGACGCUUUUCUGCUUCAACAUCUUUCAGAAAACUUUAGGUUUCAUGUUUUUGAUAUAGUUCAUAAAAAAGGACGCAAGUUCAAGUUCAGCUCCUUUUUAACAAUAAUCGUCCUUGUCAAGCGGCUGUAUUUUUAAACAUUGUUGAAGUAUUUUUAUUGUACAGAAUAGACUAAAUAUAUCUGCUGUUGAUGAUCACUGCUCUGUGUUUUAUUGAUUUUUUUUUUUAAUAUUAUUGAUGUGUGCAUUUUGUGUCCAUUUUAAUGAGUUUCAAGUACAUUUAUUUUGUGAAUAAACAGUAAGAUUUUUUUCUAUUA